GUGUAACUUCGGUCCAAAGCGCGUACCCGUCAGCGGAGGAAAGGAGAGGACAGAAGGCGGCAGAGAGACAAAUACUGCCCAAUUAACCGACUAUCUUGAAAACACACACGAAAUACAGCCAAGAUGUCAGAGGAAAAACCAAAGGAGGGAGUGAAGACCGAGAACGAUCACAUCAACCUCAAGGUUGCAGGGCAAGAUGGGUCGGUGGUCCAGUUUAAAAUCAAAAGGCACACACCGCUCAGCAAGCUAAUGAAGGCAUACUGUGACCGACAGGGCCUCGCAAUAAGGCAGAUCAGGUUCAGGUUUGAUGGCCAGCCUAUCAAUGAGACGGAUACACCUGCACAGCUGGAGAUGGAAGAUGAAGACACCAUAGAUGUUUUCCAGCAGCAGACAGGCGGGCACUGUUAAGCCCUCCCCACCUCAUUGACGACCACCCUCAGACCACGCCCUCAGCAACUUUCACUGUCCCUCCCCAUCGCUCCCCUCAGCCUAUUAUUAUUAUUAUUAUUAUUAUUAUUAUUAUUAUUAUCAUUAUUAUCAUAAUAAUUAUUAUUAUUUCUUCAGUUCCAAGAUAUCUGUCAUGGUUUUUCGUCAGGUGUGUGGGGGGAGGGGACUCCUCAGCUGUUUAUGUACAGUCUCAGCCAGGACUGAACUUUUGUGCGUGUCAACAACAGUCUCUCCGCUGGCCAAUCAGGACAACAAUUCCUUCUGGCAACGCAGGCUGUCAUUGGACCAACAGCACGUCACAGCGGUUCCUGGUUUGUCAGCGCUUGUCAUUCACUCUCCAGUGAAAGCUUAGUAUCCAGUAGUUUGUCAAGGUUUUCAUCCAUCUGGGUCAAAUGCGAGGCUCUACCAGUUUUUGUCCGGGGUCACAGUCAUUGGGCAUAAGAAUGGUUUGAAGUGGAAGCACUAUCUGAACUUAAUACACACGGGCCGCCUUCCAUUUCACUUCGCUUUUAUGUGUUUUUUGUCUGACUGGUGGCUCCUUCUUCUGUCAAAAAGAUAUUUUAAUUCUCUCUACAUUUUAGGUGCUUUUGCUAAAGAGUUCUGCAAUGCUUUUGUAUUUUUAUUUUAUUUUUCAUUUCUCUUUUAACAAUUAUCAACCAGGGAGCUUGUUGGUUUUCUUGUACAGAAGUAUCAGAGUGAGCGUUAGAUAAAAGUUGGGUUGCUUGGACCAAUACUCCAAAGACCGAACUUCUGUUUCAUAUUUGAUGUACUUGGAUCACACUAAAAAGCAAACUGCAAGGUCAAAACAGUCACAUUUUAAGGGAGUUUGUAUUUCAUUGAUGUUAUUUGCUUCCUCUUCGACUUCUACUAAUUGAGAAAGGUUGUGGGUAUCCGUGGUACAGACUUUUAUUCGCUCAUCCAGACAAAUGCCCGUUAUGGGAGGGAAAUGUAAUUUAUCCUUUUGAGAUGGUAAUGGUCUGACUAAGAUAAGUCUCUUGAUGUAGAAUACAUAACAUAAGUUUUCUGAUGAAGCAGGGCAGAGGCCAGUCCUUACACUCUUCUUAAGUGGCUCUGCUUGUGGGUUUUACAUUUUGGGGAGUGAAAGUAGUGUGUGGGCUGUGGGUGGGACUGACUGGAAAUGUUGUUCCUCAAUGCUGUUUUGGGGUCAGCUGUCUCAUCUCUGUAUUGUCCUUGCGAAUUUGGGCUGAUGGGACAACUGACUCUACAUGUGUUUUGAAAAGGAGCUGCUUCCAGUUGAACAGGGAUGUCAGUAUGUUUUUGUCAACACGUUUUGAAGACACUUUUCACUGCCAUGUCAACUGCCACGCUGUUUCCGUGUGUGUGUGUGUGUGUGCGUGCGUGCGUACAAGGCAGCCGUUUCAGGCCAGUGUGCAGUGCCGCAAACGGUGAGAUCCCAAGUGGUGACGAGUGUCUUCAAUAUUUUACAGUUCAGACUAGGAUGCAUGCAGUUUGUUGCAUAUCGGGAGGGCAAGGAGGCCAACCAAUGGAGUUGGGAGAAUAGUGUUCUUUACCCACAGGGUCCCGUUCUUUGUUUGUAGAUAACAGAGUUGGCUUCAUUUGAUUGAUGGCCGGACACAAGCUUGGGUUUUUAAAGUUUAGUCAGGAUGUCCUGUGUGUAAAGUAAGUAGUCCUUGCGCUUAAAUCCUGCAACGGUGCAGCUUUAUUCAGACUUGAGUUGGAUCAUGACAACCCUUUUAGUUUAUUUUCAGACAAGGCUACAUCUUCGGGGACACUAACUGAUUAGUCUUGUCAUCACUAAACACGGUUUGAGUAAAGUCUUGCAUACUUGCGUACAACAAAAUAAAACUAAUGCAAUUGCAGAGGAUGAAUCAAACUUUUUUUUGGCGCACUGUGAACUCGACUUCCCAAAUUCCUAUUCAGCAUAAACGUUAAGAAAUAUUAACUGUACUGCCAACUGCUGAAAUAUUCCCUACUGUCCACUCUGGCCCCAAUAAAUAUUCAAUUACA